AUGCCAGCCACCAGUAAUAGCACACAGAACCAGGCCGCGAAAGAAAGCGCUGCUGAAACCGGUAGUAAACCGGUGACGGAGACGGAGAUGGACUACACGGGGUACAACACUACAGACCUAAUCGCGCGCAUCACGACUUUAGAGCGACAACUGCGCGAACAGACAACGCUGCUGGCCUCGUUGACGACGCGCACGAACAACAACAACAAUGACAAGCCUUCUCCCGCUUCUACUACUGUCGUCCCAGCAUCAUCAUCAUUCCCCUCGUCCGCAACCCAGCAACCCGUUCCCGUCGUCGUCCGCCGCAGUAGUAGAUCGCGAUCACCGCGCCGCACGCGUGCAUUCAAUCCCUCUCUUUACUCAACCCGGCACAUCGCCUUGAAGUUUGCCUACAUUGGCAGCCGCUACGGCGGGUACGAGCACGCAAACGGCAAUGUGACGCCGCAGCCGACCAUUGAAGAGGUUCUAUGGAAGGCGCUGAGGAAAGCAAGGCUGAUUUCUCCCGAGCUGGCCGAGGGGACGGAUCAGAGCUAUGACGUGGUCUGGGGAGAGGACCAGAGGAGGUGGAAAUACGUAAAAGGUGCGAAAGAGCCGGGAGAAGAGGGCAAAGUCCGAUUAGAUCUCAACUGGGAAGGAUAUCAGUAUAGUAAAUGCGGGAGGACGGAUAGAGGCGUGUCUGCGUUUGGCCAGGUCAUUGGGAUUAGAGUGAGGAGUAAUCGACCGCUUCAACCCAAUCCAGAGCCUGUGCCAGAAGAGUCUGACGAUAAGAACGGCGAUGCGGAACAGCAAAAUGGCGAGGCGGAUACUAUGCCAUCCAUCAAUGCCGCCGACCUCACCACGGACUACCACGCAAAACCGUUCGACCCUAUCAAGGAUGAACUCCCGUACAUCUCCCUUCUCAACGCGAUCCUCCCACCCGAUAUCCGCGUUCUUGCCUGGUGCCCCUCUCCACCACCCACAUUCGAUGCGCGCUUCUCCUGUCGCGAGCGCCGGUAUAAAUAUUUCUUCACCAACCCUGCGUUCUGCCCCACCCCGGGUCCACUCGGUAUGCAACGCACUGACGGAAUGGGGCCGGCGAGUGUCAGGGAGGGCUGGCUUGACAUCGAGAAAAUGAGGCAAGCUGCGAGGAAACUCGUUGGGGUACACGACUUCAGAAAUUUCUGCAAAAUUGAUACGAGCAAGCAGAUGCCGAAUUGCGUGAGGAGGGUAACCUUCGCGGACGUGCUUGACUUCCCCGAAACCGGGAAAGUGUUUGUAGAACAUGAAGGUCUUAAUCAAACUGGAUUCGGUCCUUCUGUACUCCGAAAUGGAAGUGGGCCACCCCUGCAAGGAGGCCCAAAAGUAUACACUUUCUGCGUCCACGGCACCGCCUUCCUGUGGCAUCAGGUGCGGUGCAUGGCGGCAAUAUUGUUCCUUGUCGGACAGGGACUUGAGGAACCAAGCAUUAUCGAUGAAUUGCUUGAUAUUGAGAAGAAUCCUGGUCGACCAAUGUAUGAGAUGGCCGAUGACGCGCCAUUAGUGCUGUGGGACUGCAUAUAUCCCGACAACGACAACGGAAGUGGUGGAAUGAUGGAAGACUCCUUGAACUGGCUGUAUGCCGGCGAUGAAGCCACCGUCCCUGCACUCACCACCAACUCCACCAAGAAUGACGGGAAAUUCGGGAUCGGCGCCGUGGUAGACGAACUCUGGACCCAAUGGCGCGAUGCCAAGAUGAAAGAACUCCUUACAGGCAGUUUGCUCGAUCUUUCCAUCUCUCAGGGGGACGGCACUUCUCUCCAGAGAGGAGCGACAAGAGACGGUUCUCGAAAUUUUCGAGUGCGAAGUCAGAAAGUCUUUGAUGGGAGUAGCAGGGCAAGAACCAGCGGACGGUAUGUCCCUGUGAUGAAGAAGCCAAGGAUGGAUACGUUGGAAGUGUUGAAUGCGAAGUGGGCGAAGAGUCGGGAGGCGAGGGAUAAAACUAGGGAAGAGUUUGAGGAGACGAAUGCUGAAGUAGAGUAG